AGAAAACGUGUAGCUAGGUUAUACUUGAGAAAUGCAAAACCCGUGCACAAGAAUGCCUCUUGUGUCCACAAACUGUUUGCAGCACAUUGGCUGAGCUCCUGCAUCUGUGUCCAUUCUCGGGAGAUUUCAGGAGCAUGCAGUAUCAGCAUGGAUACGCGGCGGGGAAUACGGGCGGAGUGCGCCAGCGAAAGGCUGGGCGACGCGGCUUGCGGGCAACGGACGUUGUCUGGGGCGUGAUCCUAUCCCUGGUGGCCCUCAUCCUUCUAGGCUACGGCUGGCACCUUCGCUCUAAGCUUCCACGGGAAGGCAGCCUCGGCUCGGAGGCAGGGCCACAGGCGGGCGAGUAUGGCGGCUACGGCCUGCCGCCGUACGCGGCAGCGCCUGUGCUGGUAUCCUACGCAUUCUACGAGAAGGACCUCAUUCAGCGCGGCAACAUGGAGUUCUUCCUCACGCAAGGCUGGGUGGCGCCGCCCGGCGGCCAGCAGCACAUCCUCUGGGUGUUUGCGGUGGCGGGGGAGCAGUGCUCCCCAUGCAGCGGCGCCUUCCCCAUCACCACGCCGCUUCCAGCGGACCCGGACAUCGGCAUCAGCCGCGCGACCCAGGUGGACCUCGCUGGUGACGACCCCGAGCCGGAGCUAGAAGGGGGCGGCUUGUUCGGGGGGAGGCCCAGGCUCAAAGGCCCGGGCCCGGGGAAGACACUGGUGCUGCGGCGGUCUGAGAACGUGGGCAUGGACAUCGCCUCCCACAACGCCACCCUGGAGUAUGUAGCGCGACACAUGCCCGGGGGUCUGAGGCCCUACCGCUACUUCAUCCUGCUCAACAGCAGCACCAAGGGGCCCUUCUACCCCGCCUACAUGCCGCCCUGGUGGCACUGGACGCACGCCUUCCUGGAGCGCUUCCAGCCGCUACCACAGGAUAACCCCCGGCGCAAGCACUCCUCAGCGUUGCGCGUUCUGCCCCCGGGGACAGAGUACGGAAACCGCGGCCCCAGGCCGGAGGGGCCAGCGGUGGUGCGGGCUGUGGGCUCGUCACUGGUGUGCCUGCCCGACAUAGACGCAGGGGGCCCCGGGCCGCGGCUGGAGUCCUGGGCUAUGGCUCUGGAUGACGUGGCGCUGCAGGUGCUGAUUGACAAGGGCGUGUUGAAGGUGCGCACGUGCAAGACCUGCACGGACGAGGAGAACGGCAUCGUGGUAGGCGGAGAGUACGGCAUCACGUCCGCGCUUUUUGAGGCUGGCUACAACGUGGCAACCCUCAUGUCCAAGUACGCGCGGGACGUGGACUGGCGGGACCGGCGGCACUGGGGCUGCAACGACCAGGUGCACCCCUCCCGGCACGGCACGUACGACGGCAUCGCCUUCCACCCCUACGAGACGAUCUUCGUCAAGUCUAGUUGGCACGUGGCUGACCCGUACACGCGGCGGUACAGUACUUGGAUUACGCAGCACCGGGAGGGCGACGCGGGCACGGAUGGCGAGUGGAAUGAGAAGCUGUACAAGUACGCCGUAAGGCCGACUAGCAGGGGUGCCAUGUCAUACCCACACCUCAUGCUCUCCACGCACAUUUGACCCUUCUCUCCCUAUGCGCGCCCCUUUUCCGCCCG